AUGAGUUCCGAUAAACCCUUCGAGCCCACUCUAAGCGACGUCCUAGUCGUGCGCGCCAUGCUGGCCAAAACCACGAUCCUCCCAGAGCUUGUGGGCACCAUCCUGGACUACGCCGAAUAUUGGGCACGAUCAUCUGCCAAAGCUCAGCUGAAUGAAGUUAUUGCCGCGCGCUUCGUUGGACGGGGAGAAUUCGAUUACGAGGAAACCCGAUUUCUGCUUCGAUCUUACCCCGUCGGCCUGACGGAGCGCGCUUAUGAAGCAGAAGAAGACGGCAACGCCGACGACGACGACAGCAGCUCUCGUGAGGAGCGAUUCUCAACUAUAAUCCCCGAUCCUCUACCCGUCUUCAAAGAAUUUGAUCGAGAUUUUUUCCAGCGAGCAAUUAAGAAUGCCUCUACUUUUAGCAGCCCAGCGCGCAAGAUUGUCUUUCGCAUCCGCAGCCACGAUCAAGGCUGGACAACAGACGAUGUGCCGGGCCCGUUUAUGGCCGCCAAAACUUGGUUUGACGCCGGCAUCGAGAGAUUCGAUGCUAGUAGCUCCACAGAUGAAGCAGACGGCAAUGACAUGAAACAGUGGACUGCGCGCAAACUAGGCACAAUCGAGCCACAAGUCAAAGAAGCAAAAGACGCCCACCAAGGCUGGGAUUAUCAAUUCCCCUAUACACACUGGAAGGGCCCGUACGAAAUCCAGCGCAACAGAAUGGCAUCUUCUGAAUUUACAGACUACGAAGUCACUUGGACAUGCUGGGACGUCAUCACGCCAGACUCUCCAGAGGCGUUCGAGUUGAUGAGGGAGGGGAAAGGGAGGAGGGUUGGCGAUGGCCGGUUUGUGAGGAAUCUCAAGCUGGGAGACGUCGUUACCGUAUGGGGAAGAGCCAUGCAUCGCGGGUGGAUAAACACGGUUGAGUCUGUUCAGAUUGAUAUCUAUUGGGCGCUUUAGACGAGACCACAGGUCAGAUGGAAGUCGAUAUGCAAGCAAUCUUCAAUUGUUCAUG